UCUUCAAUUCCUCAAUCAAAUUCAUUGAUUAAUAAUUUUGUUUUACGGUGAAGUUCAGCCCCAAUUGAUUUGUGCUUCUUCUUUUGCUUCCUCCACCCAAAUGUAAAAGUUCCUCGGGAAGAGUAGUCGAUAACGAAGCAAUGUUUCCGGCGGAUGAUAAGAGCCUGUCCCCCGAGGGUGUUUGUUGACGCCAAGAUGUGUCCAUGGCGACGUCGAGUGGUGAAAUUCGAUAGUGCAGGAAUUGCAGAGUGGUGAGGAAGUUGUGCUCUGAACUGGCCAUGUCCAGCUAUCGCCAGAGGCUCCCGUCUAAGCGUACAGUGCCCCCCUUUUCCACAGAAUCCCUCCAGAAGAACACCCGAGUUUCUGGACCUCCCAAAACGCCCCAAAGGCGAUAUUUUCUGCAGCCCAGGGCUACCUCCUUCAGGAUGUACUACGACAGGGGAGACCUACCCAUCAAGAUGGACUACCUCAUUGGAGGUUUCAAGAUUGCCUGGACAGUGGAUAUUGAUAAAUUGGACUAUGGGCUGUAUUUACCGCUCUUCUUCGACGGAUUGAGCGAAACUCAACACCCUUACAAGACCUACGCGAGGCAAGGAGUUCAAGAUUUGCUGGCUCACGGAGGGGAUAAGAUCUAUCCAGUUAUUCCGCAACUCAUCAUACCCAUAAAGAAUGCCCUCAAUACUCGCAACAACGAAACCAUGUGCGUGACUUUAAAGAUUAUUCAGCAACUCGUGAUGUCUUCGGACCUCGUGGGACCGGCUCUAGUGCCUUUCUAUCGUCAGCUCCUGCCCAUGUUCAAUGCCUACAAAGUCAAGAAUUUAAAUUGUGGCGACAGCAUCGACUAUGCUCAGAAGAACAACAUGAAUCUGGGCGAUUUGAUUGACGAGACGCUGCAAGUUCUCGAGCGACAUGGCGGAGAAGAUGCCUUCAUCAACAUCAAAUACAUGGUGCCGACCUACGAAUCCUGCUACAUCAACUAAGGGAUCCAUAACAAUUUGUUAAGUUUUAAAUUGGGAUUAAGGAAUAAAAACCAGAUAAGUGAUUAUGUCGUCUA